AUGUCCAGUACUUCAAAGCCUUCACAGUCUCGAAAUUGCGGAGCAUGGGUGGAAGUUCUGCCGGGACUCGUCGGGACAGAUGGGAGACAUGACGAGGCCCCAGGGGGGCGAGCCCCUGUUCAUGAAGCCGUCGCAGCGCACUCCCUAGCGCUCAAGGCUGUAGGGCGGCUCAUCCCACACGCCAAUGAUGAUCCGAACAACUACGCCGAGAUAUCUGCAGCCAUCAUGUGCUUGUUCCUAAAUUCUUUCCCACCUCGAGCUCUGCAGGCAGCGACAAUGCACGCAAGGGGCAUCGUCGGGAAAUCGACCUUUCUCGGGGCGCCUGAGUGGAAAGAAGAGCCCUUUCGCCGUGUAGUCGAAGACCCCCUCCAGGCCCUCUUGAGUGAGGCCUGCGCCAUACCCGCCAUUUUCGAAAUGCUUGAUCACUGUAACGACAAUAGUGGAUCUGCCGCCCGCAAAGCCGUGAACCAGUUUGUGGAAGCUAUCAGCCGCCUGAACCUUUGGCACAAGUCAGCAAACAUGACUAUCGGAGACGUUACACGUUUACAAAAGGCCUCACCAGCCGACACCAGCCUCGAAUUCCCAACUAUCACCGUGGCUAAUUCAUUGAGUCACUACUGGGCGUUCUGGAUUAUUUGCGCCACCCAGAUACAGCGAUUAAGAGUACAGCACCCAUAAAUCUCACAAGAUUGUCUUCUCAUGGACGGCGAAUACUCCGCGAGCAAAGCGGUGACCCAAAAGAUUCUCCAGCUCUCCACUAUUAUCCUUGAAAGUACAGGCUAUUUGAUGCGGGAGGACAUGAAACUCUAUGGCACAGCAUCUGCGUUCUUUCCUUUGCACAUUGCGAGGGGUGGGGUGCGUUGGAAAUUCAUCGAGGCAGUGAUGAGGCCAUUUGUGAGCAGCUGACAAGAAACGCUGAGG